UAAAGCAAGUGUCAGCACAUCGAAAACUUUGUUAGCUGCCAGCUAAUUUUGGUCCAUCGCCAGUUUUGACAAUGACCUAAAUUUGACACAGUCUCUCUACAAAACACCGUAAAGUAAGUGUGGCCUCCUACGCACAUACAACGUUACCGGAUACCGUUUUGACUUCGUUCAUUGACACCGGCAUGAAUGCCUCUUCUGUGCACACAAACAAGCCACGCCAACGUGAUGCUCCUCUUGUCCGAGAUGGAUUGCCGUGCAGGCGGUGACGAUGGAGACAUCUGCGGAUGGGCCAGUUCAAUGCUGGUGCACGGCAAGAAUGACAUCACAGCAGUAACAGCACGAGUGCAACAGUUUGUGGAGGAAAGGAUGCAGACCACUAUGCUCACUGGUGUCCUGAUAGGUGCUGCCGCCGCAGUCGCAAUGAUCGGGAUUGUGGUGCUCUUCUUGUACAGGAGGUUCAAGCACGCUCGUGAACAGCAGCCUGGUGUACCUCAUUAUCGCUUCAGAAAACGAGAUAAAGUGCUCUUCUAUGGUCGGAAAAUAAUGCGCAAGGUGCAGACUUUGUCCGCAAUUCCUCCAUCUUCUUCAUCGUCAUCUACCUCAGUAUCAAAGCAACCGCAGCGAGUGCGCAAAAGAACCAAAGUUCUUAGCAUUGCUCGCAAAAUCCUUCGCAUCCGUAAGGAUCCUCCGACUCUUCAGCCUAAAGAACCGCCACCUUCUCUGCUGGAGGCCGACCUGACAGAGUUCGACGUCCAAAGCUCCAAUCUGCCGUCCGAGGUUCUCUACAUGCUGAAGAAUGUCAGGGUGUUGGGACACUUUGACAAACCCCUCUUCCUUGAGCUGUGUCGCCACAUGGUUUUUGUUGAGCUGCAGGAGGGCGAGGGUCUCUUCAAACCCGGAGAUGACGACGACAGCAUCUAUGUGGUCCAGGAUGGACGACUUGAGCUCUGUAUCUUUGAAAAUGACGGCACAGAGGUGGCAGUGAAGGAUGUUCUUCCUGGCGACAGCGUACACAGCUUGCUCAGUAUUCUGGACAUCAUCACGGGUUUUCCAGCUCCUUACAAGACUGUAUCCGCUCGUGCAGGCACACGCUCCACCAUCUUGCGUUUGCCUGCAUCCGCCUUUGAGUCUGUGUUCAAGAAAUACCCCGAGACACUUGUGCGCGUCAUUCAGAUCAUCAUGGUGCGACUCCAAAGGGUCACCUUCUUGGCAUUACAUAACUACCUGGGCCUGACCACCGAGCUGUUCAAUCCGGAAAGCCACGCAGUGCCUUUGUCCAAUGUGAACAUGGCGGCGAGUGAGGCAAUGUCUGGCAAGACCUCUCGCCGUUUGCACUUCCAAGAUGAGGCAGCUGUGGGGAGCAUGGAGAGCCCUACGGAGACAGAUGGCGUAAAGGACAGUCCUUUGAACAGCCACAGGAAGCAGCGAUCCAUCUCAUUGCCCCCCGACAGCGCAGGCGACAUGACAAUGGCGUGCGAACGGGCUCGAGUCAACAUCGAUGAGCCUCCGCCCAGUCCUGCCAGUCAGAAGCCCAGCCUGAAGAAGAGUGUGACCAUGCAGCAUACGCCCUCUGAGGUGUUUCACUACACGGACAACGGGGGGCAGUCUGACAACAUCCACCUUAGCAAGAGCGGUUCAAUCUUCCAGGCUGCUAAAAAAGACCUGCUAGUGAUCAUCCAGUUGCAGGAUCCCAGCCUUCUGGAGGGAAGAGUGACCCUCCACCAAGUAAAAGCUGGUUCGGUUGUGGCUCGUCAAGGAGAUCAGGAAGUGAGCAUCCAGUUUGUUAUUUCAGGCCUACUCCAUGUUUACCAGAGGAUGAUCGACCGUGAGGAGGACACGCGCCUUUUUGUGACGCACCCUGGAGAGCUCGUGGGUCAGCUUGCUGUCCUGACUGGCGAGCCCCUCAUAUUUACUGUCCGAGCUCAGCGUGACUGCAGCUUCCUCUCCAUUUCCAAAACCCAUUUUUACGAGAUAAUGCGUGCCGAGCCCAAAGUAGUACUAAACGUCGCUCACACGGUGGUGAAGAGGAUGUCAUCGUUUGUCAGACAGAUUGACUUUGCACUCGAUUGGAUGGCCGUAGAAGCGGGCAGGGCCGUCUACAGGCAGGGCGAGAAAUCCGACAGCACUUUUAUUGUGCUCAGUGGACGACUGCGCUCUGUAAUCAUGAAGGAGGAUGGCAAGAAGGAACUGAUUGGAGAGUACGGCCGCGGUGACCUGAUUGGAGUGGUGGAGGCCCUAACCCAUCAAAACAGAGCCACCACCGUCCACGCCGUACGAGACUCCGAGCUCGCCAAACUGCCCGAGGGCGCCCUUAGCUCCAUCAAGAGGAAGUUCCCGCAGGUCGUCACCAGACUCAUCCACUUGCUUGGACAGAAGAUCCUCCAGCAGGUUAAUCUCCCUCUCACUGGUCGCAAUUUGGCACUGCACACCCCGGGCAGUAAAUGGGACGCAGGCAACCAGGCCUCCAACCUCUCCACACUGACCGUCCUCCCCGUCUCCGAGGAGGUGCCGCUCACCACCUUUACUCUGGAGUUGCAGCAUGCACUCCUCGCAAUAGGUCCCACUCUUCUAUUGACCAGUGAUAUAAUUAAGCAACGCCUUGGAGCUGCAGCACUAGACAGUGUUCAUGAAUAUCGUCUGUCCAGCUGGUUGGGCCAACAGGAAGACAUCCAUCGGAUAGUUCUCUACCAAACAGAUUACACGCUAACUCCUUGGACCCAGCGGUGCAUCCGUCAGGCCGACUGCAUCAUCAUUGUGGGCCUGGGCGAGCAGGAUCCAGCCGUCGGAGAGCUGGAACGCAUGCUGGAAGCAAGUGCCGUGCGCGCCCAGAAGCAGCUGGUGCUGCUGCACAAAGAAGACGGCCCCCCUCCCAAGGGCACCGUGGACUGGCUUAACAUGCGUAGCUGGAUCUCCAGACACCUCCAUCUAUCAUGUCCACGACGGGUUUUCUCUAAGAGGAGCCUGCCCAAGCUGUUGGAGCUGUAUCAGCGUGUGUUUGAGAAGCCGGCAGACCGCCACUCAGAUUUCUCCCGAUUGGCCCGAGUCCUCACUGGGAACGGCAUUGCCCUCGUCCUGGGUGGAGGCGGGGCCAGAGGUUGUUCCCAGGUGGGGAUCGUGCGAGCCCUCUGCGAAGCCGGCAUCCCAGUCGACCUCGUCGGCGGCACCUCUAUAGGUUCCCUGUUGGGGGCGCUCUACGCCGAGGACCGCAGCCACAGCCGCAUGAGGAUGAGAGCACGAGAAUGGGCAAUGGAAAUGACUUCAGUAUUCAAGAAGGUUCUCGAUUUAACAUACCCGGUCACGUCUAUGUUUUCUGGCGCGGCCUUCAACUCCAGUAUCAGCAAUGUCUUCAAGAGCAAGCAAAUUGAGGACCUUUGGAUACCGUAUUUUAAUAUCACAGCUGACAUUACUGCCUCUGCAAUGCGAGUGCACACUGAUGGUUCUCUUUGGAGGUAUGUUCGUGCCAGCAUGUCCCUUUCGGGGUAUCUGCCUCCUCUCUGUGACCCGAAAGAUGGACACCUCCUUAUGGAUGGAGGGUACAUCAACAACCUGCCAGCUGAUGUGGCACGCUCCAUGGGGGCCAAAGUGGUGAUCGCUAUAGACGUGGGCAGCCGCGAUGAAACUAACCUCACUAAUUACGGCGACUCGCUUUCUGGCUGGUGGCUGCUAUGGAAACGCCUCAAUCCCCUGGCAGAGAAAGUCAAGGUGUUGAACAUGGCGGAGAUCCAAACCCGCCUGGCCUACGUGUGCUGCGUUCGACACCUGGAGUCGGUGAAGAACAGCGACUACUGCGAGUAUAUCCGACCGCCCAUCGACAGAUAUCGGACGCUGGAGUUUGGGAAGUUCGACGAGAUUGCUGAGGUGGGAUACCAGCACGGCAAAACUGUGUUUGACGUGUGGACUCGCAGUGGAGUUGUGGACAAAAUGCUGAAAGACAGACACCAAGAGGAAUUUCACAACACGCAAUCCAAGAACAAUGUAGUGACAUGCCCCAACGCUUCUUUCACCGACUUGGCUGAAAUCGUGUCUCGCAUUGAGCCGGUCAAACCCGCCCUGGUGGAUGAGGAGUCAGACUACCACACUGACUAUGACGAGGAGGCAGUGGAGAGCGCACUGUCUGACCUGGAGCUAUACGGUCACUAUGGAGAGCAUACUGAAGGGGAGGAGACUGCCGACACGGAUGAAGAACUGGACGAAAGAAGUAUCCGUCGUGUGGAUGCAGUCUCCGGCCACGAACACUCACUGAACAUCUCAGCCGACCAGGAAGUACUUUCCAAACGUUCCCCCAAGUGAUAAGUGCAAUAACGAAAGGACAUUAGACCACCGUUGGCCUCUAUUACAUCCCAGCUUUACCACGUGGCUCUCUAAGAUUAACCUUCAUUCAUCUUCUAGUCCCGCUCAUUCCCAACCAUCAUCAUUUCUCAUAUUGAGAGCUUUAAAUGAAUCGCAUCAGUGAAGAAGCGAAGCAAUUGCAAAAGUGCUAUCGGGUCAAUUUGUAUGAAGGAAUAUUAGGGGCACUCUGAAAAUAUGGGAAAAAUUGAACAGUCAUGAUUAUAUAGCAAAUUUGUUAAAAAUAAUGAUAAUUAAUUCUGUGCAUUAGCAGAAAGGUUGGACAAAAAAAAAAAAAAGAACUGCCACAAUGCCCACUUUUUUUCAUCUCCGAAUUCAACCAUCAAAAAAGCCUAGCUGUUGCCUUUUAAUACACUUUGGAUUAUGUAUUAUGAGUUUACUUGACUGUUUUUGAUGGGCCCGUGUCGCCUCUACUUGCCAUGCGAGAUUUAUUGUUACCCCCCCCCCAACCAACAGCACCGUACAGAGAACAAAUAGACCCAUCAGUCCAGAUAUGCACAUCAAUGCAAAUAUUGAUUUAUUUUUUCAUAUUAAACGCUAUGUGUUACAUUUAAAAAAUAAUAAUAAUUGUUUGUCGUCACAGUCAUCAAUCAUUUGAUCGUUUCAAUGUAACUUGCAAUCCUUUGUUCACGUAGCGCGAUGACAAAUGUAUGUAAAUGUUUCAUCACUAACGUAUUCAUUAAAUGCCUUUCAUAGUGAGGAAGGUACAGUGGCCACA